AUUUCAAUUUGGUGGUAUCUCUCUGCUUCAUUUUUGUACAUUGACCAAAUUCAGGACGUCAUGUCUGAGCAGUGUUGUGCGGAUACACAUCAGAACAUGGGGAAAGUAGGUGCUUGAUUCUGACACAUUUUGGAAGGUGAGCGAGACUUAGUCUUGCUUACAGCUGUGGAAGAUGCAUUUGUUUGGAGUUUUCUUGUUACUUUGUCAAAUGGCCGUCCUCAAACGUUGGUGUCUUUGUUUGAUUUAGGAUGUUCCUCUUCCUCUAUGUGUGACAUCUGCCCAUCUCACAAUGCCCAAGAUAACGAGAUUGCAUCUGGGGUAAAGUUGAGACAAAGUUCCAUGCUUCAAUGCCAGACAUCGGGAUCUAUAAGUAUAAGAGCAAACAUGAGGACAAGAGUGCAAAGGACUCCUGGCAGGAAGAAGUGUAUAAUAUCAGAUUAUAGGGAGUCAACGUCCCACAGUGAUGGACGAAUUUGUUUCGCAAGUCUGUUAUUUUGUGGCAUCACUGACCACAGAGCUAAGCUUAUUGGCAGUCUCACAGAAACUGCAACAUGUUCAUGCUUGGGAACUGUACGGUAUCAAUUACAGGUGAGGAUUCCUUAUGGGUGAGUUGUGCUAUCAAAGCAGUGAGAACAUCUGAUCUGGAAGAAGCCAUGUCCAAUUUCCUGGUUGUGGACACACUGAUCAUCAACACCCAGUCCAGUGGUCAGUGCUGUAUUGAGCUGUGCCAGGGAGAUAUCACUCAGUUGGACGUCGAGGACAAGGUUGAUGUCAUCUGUGUCUCGGUUUUUGGAAGCCGGUACACCCCGCUGUCAGACACAUUGGUUGGUGCCCUGCAUGAGAAGUUGAAACUGAGUGUGAAGCUACUAGCCAGAGACAAAGAGGAAGACCUACGUCAUGCCUACAUGUGCUGGUGGUCCAAACCUCUGCCAGAGCACCUCCCUUACAGGAAACUACUGUGCUUUGAAAACAGGGGAAGAGUAUGUCGCCCUCAGGAGCUGGUUGGCAAUGUAUUCCGCUGCCUGGUACCCAUACUGAGCAAUGAACCUGGAACAGUCAUCACUCCACUGCUCAACACAGGAAUCCAAGGUGUUGAUGAGGCUGCCAUGUUGGUGGGCAUGGUGGAAGCCGCCAUCAAAUGGAUAAAAGCUGGCCUGCCUCUCAAACGACUCAAGAUUGUGCUGUUUGCCAAUGUUGUUAAGGGCAAAGUGGUCCAGGUGAAAAUGAGGGAUCUAGAAGGCGUCUUGAAAGUUUUCAAAAACCUGAAAGACCAGCACAACAAUUGCGAUGUCAUUUCCCUGGAUGUUCCUCUUGAGUAUGACAUCUGCCUGUCUCACAGUAGUGAAGAUGGCGAGAUUGCAUCACUGGUUGAGGCAAAGUUCCGUGCUUCAAAGCCAGACAUCAGGAUCUCUAAGAGCAACCAUGAGGAUGAGGUUGCAAAAGACUCCUUCUGGCAGGAAGAAGUGUUUGAUCUCAUGUCCAGAUGUGCGAGAGUUGUGCCAAUCUUAAGUGCUGCAUUUCUUGAGAGCAAAGCUUGUGUUGACUUGUACAACAUGGCACUCUGUUGUAAUCGGAGAGCUCAGCGAGACCUACUAGCCCCACUCUACAUAGAGAGUAUUCAAGACAUGCCCACCUACAUGGGACUUGUACAGUACAUUGACUGCAGCCCCAAAGAUGAAGCUAAGAUCAGCAAGAGCUGUGAGGAUUUGGUUAAUUCGUUGGAGCGUGACAGCACGAAAGUCCAUACCGAGGUGGUGUCCACAGAUGCCUCUCCACUUCACUACGAUGUCUUUGUGUCAUAUUGUCAUCAGGAUUCCAGGCUAGCCGUCUUAAUAGUUGAGAAGCUGAAGAAGUUGAAUCCUCAGCUCAGGAUAUUUUUUGAUCUACAAGAGCUCAAAGUAGGUAUUGCCUGGCAGAGAACAUUGUAUCAUGCCAUUGACGGCUGUCGCUCCUUCAUGGCCUUGGUUUCCAACAGUUACAUGAAGUCUGCCAUGUGCAUUGAGGAAUUCAACUUAGCCCUGGCAAAGCACUGCUCACUGGAUUCCAUGGUACGCUUUAUCCCUGUUUGCGUUGAACGUCUUGUUGACAACCCUCCGGAGCUUCAGCAUGUCAAAUUGAUCAACGCUACGCCGGGCGUGUUUGAGCCAGCCGUGGAGAUCGUCUGCACCUCGCUGGUGGACUGGAUUGCAGGCAGAGACUGGCAUCCACAGCUGGACUCAGUUUUCAGGAGAAGGAUUGGAAUGAUUGUGGAUAUUUCUGAGUAUGCUGCUGAACGUAGAAGACUCCAGUUUUUCAAAAAGUACGGUAAAGGGGGUACGACCUUGAAUUGUGAAGAUGUGGCAUUCCCUAUUCCUGUUCCUUCUGAUCUACCUCUCGUGGAAAGCACAGAAAAUGAAGUGUGUGAUAUAGCCUUCAGCUGUGCACCAACAGACAAAAUGUUUGUCACAUUCAUGGCAGGAAUCCUCCGUGAGGUCUGCCCUUGGCUCAUCAUCAAAGAAACGGCAGACAACGAGGAUGAGCGCCUGGCUCUCAUGGAGUCUGCUCGGAAAGUGGUCGUCUUCCUCUCGGCCAGUUACUUAGAGUCGGUGGAACAGGUGGAGGAAUUUCAUACCCUUCUCCUGAGGCAGAGAUACCGCAGCCCAACGCAGGUCCUCUUCCCGGUAUCCAUCCACCGUCUGCCCCAACUGCCUACGUACUUCCACCUGGUUCCCUGCGACUUUAAUCUCUCCAAUCUAUGGUGGUUAGAACUGUUUUCCAAACACAAAGUCAAUCUCCCUUCACACUUUGAAGAUUACUGGCAGAUAUCUCGAGUAAAGGACCAAGUUGAGCACCCUGUCGCUAUGGGUGUCUUAGCGGCUGUUUACAGUUUGUUACACCAGUUAAGAAGUAAAAGGGAACAUCCUCUACUUCGAAAGGCCAACCACCAGCCAGUGCUCUUGAAUGUGAUACGCCUCCGCAGUGAUGUCGCCAGACUUCUCAAGGAAGUAAAUGUCGAAGACCACGGCGAGCAAGAUAACAAAGCCAGUGGUUGCAAUAUGUCAGAAAAUUCUUUACUGGACAUUGUUGAGCUUUCUCAAGAUCCAGUUCUCCAAACCUCUAAAAGCCAACUGGACGAAGGAAAAAAGUCUGGAACUUCAUGGCACCAGCAUGGUGCUCUGUCCAGUCAAGAUUCCAAUGGGUCUUCAACACAUAACUCCAACAUUAAUACAAACAGCUCCAACUCACAAACGCACUGUCAUGUGAAAGCAAGAGAAGUAAUCGUCAGUCCAGGACAAACAGUACUAGAAGAUGGUACCAUCCAGCAU